UGGACCUCCCAAUGGGCUGAUGAAGAAGUGGGCUCCCCACACCCUCUCUGUCCCCAACUAAGAUUAUGGUGGAUUUGGGAUACGGCCCAGGCCUGGGCCUCGUGCUGCUGACCCAGCCCCGCAGGCAUUAGCAAGAGCCCUGUGUUGUCCACCCCCCCAGAGACCACCCCUCCUACCAGGGGCCUGGAGCUGGCAAGUGACUAUGCGGCUUGGGCUGUGUGUGGUGGCCCUGGUUCUGAGCUGGAUGCAUCUCGCUGCCGGCAGCCGGGGGAUCAAGGGGAAGAGGCAGAGGCGGAUCAGUGCAGAGGGGAGCCAGGCCUGUGCCAAAGGUUGUGAGCUCUGCUCUGAGGUCAACGGCUGCCUCAAGUGCUCGCCCAAGCUGUUCAUCCUGCUGGAGAGGAACGACAUUCGCCAGGUGGGCGUCUGCUUGCCUUCCUGCCCACCUGGAUACUUCGAUGCCCGCAACCCCGACAUGAACAAGUGCAUCAAGUGCAAGAUUGAGCACUGUGAGGCCUGCUUCAGCCACAACUUCUGCACCAAGUGUAAGGAGAACUUGUACCUGCACAAGGGCCGCUGCUAUCCGGCCUGUCCCGAGGGCUCAGCGGCCGCCAACGGCACCAUGGAGUGCAGCAGUCCUGCACAAUGUGAAAUGAGCGAGUGGUCCUUGUGGGGGCAAUGCUCCAAGAAGAAGAGGCUCUGUGGCUUCCGGAGGGGCUCCGAGGAGCGGACUCGAAGGGUGCUCCAUGCCCCUGGUGGGGACCACGCCGUCUGCUCCGACACCAAGGAGACCCGCAGGUGCACAGUGCGGAGGAUGCCCUGUCCCGAGGGACAGAAGAGGAGGAAAGGGGGCCGGGGGGAGAACGCCAACAGGAACCUGAGCAGGAAGGAGAGCAAGGAGGUGGGUGCCGGCGCUCGGAGACGCAAGGGCCAGCAACAGCCGCAGCACCAAGGGACAGUGGGGCCGGUCACGCCUGCGGGGCCCACCUAGGGACAUUCGUCACCUCCAGGCCCUCACAGAAAGAGUCCAGCGCUGCUCUGUGUGAUGGAAGCUUUACCGAACUGGAGCGCUGGGGGCAAAGUGUGCACACACUCUCCAUACAUAUAUGGACACACAGACACACACACAGGGCUCAUGUCCAAACAUGCAACCAACAUACAUGCGCGCGCGCACACACACACACACACACACACACAAUCAAGGCCAUUGGAAGACACUUCUCUCUCGGACAUCACCGCAUGAACAGGGUGGGGAGGUGGAGGGGUCACCUUUGCCUGGCAGAGGGCCCAGUGGAACAGACUUGGUUUGAGAUGCUCCUAAGGGAUAUGUCAGAGGGACCCUUUCCCAGCGUCCAAGCCCAAACAGAGUGGAGCCUUCUGGAGGAGCCGAUAGGAUCUGCCCAGUGUGGCAGACAGGAACCAAAGCUUGAGGACUGUUCAGCAUUUCCAGCUGUGUGACUUUAUCAUUGGAGAGUAUUGUUUCACACCCAUGAUCCGUAUCAGGGCUGCCCCGACUCUGAA